AUGGCUAAAGUCAAAACAUGUGGAUUUCCUCCUUUAGAGGACAGAGAUAAGUCAAUUGCAUUAUUUGCCGGGCUUGACUUCUUUGGUAGUGGUACACUUACAAAAGAGGACAAUCUAAGACUUGCAGAGCUAGAGACAAGGGCAGUGAAUGACAUGUUUGUUAUACUCUCUGACAUUUGGCUGGACAAUGAGGAGACUAUGGGAAAGCUACAUACUGUUCUAGCUGGUUAUGAGAAUGUAGAGGUCGUUCCUUCUCUGUUUGUCUUCAUGGGAAAUUUCCAUUCUCAUCCAUGUAACCUUUCUUUUAGUUCUUUCUCAAGUCUCAGAACGCAGUUUGGAAAGCUAGGGCAAAUCAUUGGAGCCCAUCAACGAUUAAAAGAGCACAGUAGAUUUCUAUUUAUUCCUGGUCCUGAUGAUGUAGGUCCUUCAACAGUUCUACCCCGGUGUGCUUUGCCAAAAUACAUAACUGAAGAGCUUCAAAAGCAUAUACCAAAUGCCAUAUUUUCGAGUAACCCGUGCAGAAUCAAGUUUUAUACCCAAGAAAUCGUAUUUUUCCGUCAGGAUCUACUUUAUAGAAUGCGUAGGUCAUGCUUGAUUCCCCCUUCAACGGAAGAAACUAGUGAUCCUUUUGAGCAUCUUGUGGCUACCAUAACGCAUCAAAGUCAUCUGUGUCCCCUCGCUCUGAGUGUACAACCCAUUCUCUGGAAUUAUGAUCACUGUCUACACCUCUAUCCGACUCCACAUACGAUAGUGUUGGGGGACAAAAGUGAGCAGAAGGCAUUCAAUUACACAGGAAUUACAUGCUUCAAUCCUGGGUCUUUCUCAAACGACAGCACUUUUGUGGUGUAUCGGCCUUGCACUCGGGAAGUUGAACUGUCAGCUUUGUAAGGAGUACGGUAUUAUCUCCAUAGUUGUUCUCUGUGCCAAGCGUCCAACGAUCCACAUUCACAUGACCCUAAACAGAAUGGGUUCAUCAUGUAGUUUGUCAAAAUUACUAAUCUUGAAUCGUAAAUCUAAUCUCAACUCAACUCUAAGUUACCCUAAAUUGUAAUCCUGUAUGAUAAUUUAUUUCUUUAUCAUGUAAUUUUUGAACCUGUAAUUCGAUUUAUUGUAGUUUAAUUUUUUUUUUAAUACAACCAUAACUUUUUAUCGUUCAUAACUAUUAAAUGGU